AUUUUUUCUGAGCUGCUUAGCGCCAUGUUGAGAAGGAAAUUAACAAAGCGAAAGGAAGGCGGAACAUCGGUUCGGCGUGUGUUAACACCUUUACACCACCACCCGGAAAGUCAUGGCUGACCCGGAGAAACAGCCUGAACAACCUAAGGCUGUCCAGCAAAAGCAGGUCAUCGCUACAAAGGUAACUGGAACGGUGAAGUGGUUCAACGUCAAGAGUGGGUACGGGUUCAUAAACAGGAAUGACACCAAAGAUGACGUUUUUGUCCAUCAAUCUGCCAUUACGAAAAACAACCCCAAGAAGGCAGUCCGCAGCGUUGGCGACGGGGAAGUGGUGGAGUUCGACGUGGUCGUCGGGGAGAAGGGCAACGAGGCUGCCAACGUAACAGGCCCCAACGGGGAGGCGGUGAGGGGUUCUCCGUAUGCCGCAGACAAGCGACGCGGCUACCGCCAGUGGUACUAUCCUCGCCGUGGUGGUGGUGUUGGUCCCGGUAUGCGCGGGCCUCCUCCUCGCAGGCCGCGGGACAACGGGGAAGAUGUUGCAGAAUACGAGAGUGGCGACGGGAAGGGAGACGAUGGUGCGGUGGGGGAGGGGCGUGAUCAGCGGCGGUUCAGACCCAGGCGUCGCUUCGAGCCCAACAACUACUACAACAGUCGUCCCAGGAGACCACCUCCUAACAGAGACAUCCAACAGGAUGGAGUGGAUCAGAAGGAGGGUGAGUACGAGAGCAUCGACGCCCGGGGCGGCGGUCGGGGCCGCGGCGGUGCCCCGCGUCGCUUCUUCCGGAGGAAUUUCCGCGGCGGCCGCCCGCCCCCCAGGCGCCCUCGCAGUCAGGACGGCCAGAAUGUCAGCGAAAGUGAAAAUCUUGAACGUGAAUCGUCUACGCAAGGACGUCCCCCACGCCCACGUUACCGCCGCCGUGUUCCUCGUAACACGCGGGGACCACCUCGUAACAGCCAGAGUGAGGGGGAAGGAAAGGCGAAGUCGGACCAGUCAGAUGCUCCACCACCAAGCCAGGAAACCACCCAGUCUGUGCAGAAUACCACUUCGGAGAGUACUGCUUAAAGUCAUCACAUGAAGCUGUACUAUAUUGCCAUUUAGUAGAUCCAGGGCAAAUUUUUAUUCAAUUUAACAUCUUAUUUGUGUUAGUGCAUGAGGUUUUAAAGCAAGCAGAUCUGCUGAAUUUCUUAGAGUGAAGACACCUCCUUGAUUUAACCGCAUCCUUGACAACUGGACACGUAACUUCCACCUAACCAUCAGAAAUAAGGCUCAAAAUAAAACCUUGGGGUAUUUAUCAUGAUCGGGUAGAUACUAUAAUUGUGUGUAUUUGAAUAUCUUACUCAAUGUGUGUGGCUUUAAGAAUAAUACAUCAUUGUUUGCAAUUUUGAUUUGUUUGUUAAAAGUAUAAAUUUUUAUGUAGGUUAUUCAUUUGUGAUGUUUUACAAGUUCUGAUCAACUGAAGGCUUUAAUUUGUGAUGUUUAUUGUUGUGGUUUUUAAGUUCAUUGAAUUGUAUAAUUACAUUGAUUAUUUGGAAUGACAAAUAGAAUUGUAGUGAAAUGACAGGAGUCAGUGAUUAUUUUUGGUUAACGUUAUGGUUACGGGUCAUUUUUCUUGAGUUGCAAAAUGGUUUGAUUUUGAGUCUUGGGCAAUAAUAAGUUGUACUGAAAUCAUAGGAGGAGUGUCCAUAGCACAUAGCAAAUGGAGGAAGAAGUUGAUGCAAGUGUUAAAUGUUUCAUCAUCAAGUUUGAAUGCUAAGACAUGUACUGCAAAUGUUAUGAAAUACUUUUGACAUCUUAAGCGAAUAAAAAUCAUAAAUGCCAACGGCAAACUCCCUUUAUCUCCGGGUCAGACAUGAAAAAAAAACACUUUUAAACAGUGUGGGGGUUUCACAGAGUUGGAAUUAGCGUAAUUUAAAGGAGUAACGAACAGCUUCUUUCUCGAGUGUAACAGUCCACCUGCUUUCCAUCUAGUUAUAAUGUCCGUAAUGGGUUAUGGUAAUAUCUUGUGUGUGUGUGUGUUUUUCGAUCUUAAUAAUAGGCAGGUGGAAUCAUUUUUGCUAUGUGCUACAUCGACUUCCUGUUUUCUGUAGGAUCAAGUAACCAACAAAGAAUCCAUGCUUGUCCAACAAUGCAUGUGUUUGAUGAAAUAAAAAAAUGCUACAUAAUAUAAGAAUGUAUGUAGAUUUUGGAUGAAGGUAAUGAAAACAUCAGAAUUAUAAGUGUAAAAACUUAAGAUACGUGGAAUAUUUAAUGGCCAGAAGAAAUGGAUUUAACAUCACAGUUUCUCAUGUUGACAGCAAUUCAAGCGUUGCUGGGUCCAUUUGCCAGUUUUUGUGUGCUAGAUUCACCUGGCCGGCAAGCGUCUUUUGUUUACGAAAGAGGCUCUACAUUAUUAAAGUGUUCAUCAAAAAAUAUCUCAUGUGAAGCAAAACCAGCUUUAAUUACUCGGAGCAACUCACCAAGUGUGUUUAGUUUUCCGUGUAAGAGAUCAAUUUGUGUUUUUGAAACAAAGUAACUAAAAAUGGCAUGACUUGCCACAUAUGUACAAAAGAUAAUUUUUCACGAAACAUGUGCAUUUUGAAUAAACAAGCCAAAAAAGUC